AGUCUCGCCGCACACGCAUCGGGCUCAGCCUCUGCCAUAUCGUCCAAGUCUCGCCGUCGUUGCUCCGCCCGUCCUCGAGCACCGUGGGCCAUCAACGCACACGACGUCGAGCCUAUAUUUGCGGAGGCGAGCCCACGACGCGUCGAGGCGCGCCUGGCUGAAUCGUCCGAGUAUUGGCGCCUGACGCGGUCUCUGCGGUCUCUGCCAGUCAAAAACUCGGGGUAGACCCACUCAUCGACCCUUGUUCACAUCCACCCUAUCUCCGGGAUUUCCUGUCCCAGUUACCCCCUCUCCUGUGCAUACAGCCUAACCAUGGCGCAUACAGCGACACCGACGACCUCGCAAAAGCUGAAGAUGAAGAUUGCCGUGCUCACGUCCGGCGGGGACAGCGCCGGCAUGAACGCCGUCGUCCGCUCAGUAGUGAAGACGGCCAUCGCCAAAGGCUGCGAUGCCUGGGUCGUCCGCGAGGGGUACGAGGGUCUCGUUCGCGGCAAUGCCAAUGGAUCCUCCGACUCCGGCGCCGUAAGGGAGGACGCGAGUUUUGUGCACAAUUUACGAUUUGGCGACGGAGAGCUGUUGAAAGACGGCACGGGUGACUACAUCAGCGGGCGCACGCUGAAGGGGCGGUACAUCGUCCGCGUAGGAUGGGACGAUGUGCGCGGGUGGUUUGGCGAGGGUGGUACUCUCAUUGGAACGGCUCGGUCCACCACCUUCCGCACACAAGAGGGCCGGCAGACAGCCGUAUAUAACAUGAUCAAGGAGGGCAUCGACGCUCUAGUCGUCUGUGGAGGAGACGGCUCCCUCACUGGUGCAGAUGUCUUCCGCUCCGAAUGGCCGAAGCACGUCGAGGCACUGCGAGCAGCAGGAAAGAUCACCGAUGAGCAAGUCACGAACCACCAUCACUUGCGCAUCGCCGGGCUCGUCGGCUCCAUUGACAACGACAUGUCCAUGACGGACUUGACGAUCGGUGCAGUCACAGCACUCCACCGCAUAUGCGAGUCCAUCGACAACAUCAACUCGACGGCCGUGUCGCACUCGCGCGCGUUCGUGGUGGAGGUCAUGGGUCGGCACUGUGGAUGGCUCGCACUCAUGGCUGGUGCAAGUUGCGGUGCGGACUUCAUCUUCAUCCCCGAAGACCCUCCCUCCGAGGACAACUGGGAAGACAGCAUGUGUGCGAUGAUCCAGACGCACCGAGAAACCGGGCAGCGCAAGACGAUCGUGAUCGUCGCGGAGGGCGCGAUCGACAAGGAUCUCAAGCCAAUCCGUGCAGACUACAUCAAGGACGUGCUCACGGACCGGCUGGGCCUCGACACGCGGGUGACCACGCUCGGACACACGCAGCGCGGGGGUGCGCCCGCGGCGUACGAUCGUAUCAUGCCGACGCUGCAGGGCAUCGAAGCGGUUGACGCGCUCCUCGAGUCCACGCCGGACACACCGUCGUACAUGAUCGGCAUCAGCGAAAACAAGGUUACACGCGUCCCGCUUAUGGAGGCUGUCGCUCUGACGCGGUCCGUGGGCACGGCGAUCUCGGAGAAGAACUUCAAGAAGGCCAUGUCGUUGCGCGACCCAGAGUUUGCGGAGAUGCUGGCGGGUUUCUACGCUACGUCGGUGUUGUUGAAGGAGCCCAAGUUGCCCCAUCAUUUGCGAAUGCGUGUUGGUAUCAUGCAUGUCGGUGCUCCUGCAGGCGGAAUGAACGCCGCGACACGUACCGCCGUACGCUACUGCCUCCGCCAAGGCCACAAGCCAUUCGCGAUCCACAACGGCUUCCUCGGGCUGCUCGACGACAACGUACACCAGCUCUCCUGGCUCGGCGUGGAGAACUGGAUGACGCGCGGCGGGUCCGAGCUGGGCACGAACCGCAAGCUGCCCGACAUCGACCUCGGCGCGGUCGCGGCGAAGUUCCAGCAGCACAAUUUCCACGCGCUCCUGCUGAUCGGCGGGUUCGAGGCGUUCCACGCGCUGACGAUGCUCGAGGGCGCGCGCAAGAACUACCCCGCGUUCCACAUCCCGAUGGUCCACCUGCCCGCGACGAUCUCGAAUAACGUGCCGAUGACGGAGUUUAGCUUGGGCUCGGACACGAGCUUGAAUGCGCUCGUGCAGGCGUGCGAUGCCAUCAAGCAGAGUGCGUCGGCGAGCAGGAAUAGGGUGUUCGUGGUGGAGACGCAGGGAGGGAAGUGUGGGUAUAUUGCGACGAUGGGUGCAUUGGCGACCGGCGCUGUCAUUGUGUACACCCCAGAGCGGGGUAUCGACCUGGACAUGCUGCGUCGUGACGUUCGGUUCCUCAAGAGGCGGUACGCCCUUGACCAGAAGGGCAAGGCAGAGGGACGACUGGUGCUUAGGAAUGAGUCGUCGUCGGACGUCUACAGCACGGACUUCAUCCGCAAGAUGUUCAAGGAAGAGGGCGGCUCGCUCUUUGACUCGCGUGCGGCGAUGCUCGGCCACACCCUGCAGGGCGGCAUUCCCUCGCCGCUCGACCGGACGCGCGCAGUACGCCUCGCACUGAAGUGCAUGUCCUUCGUGGAGGAGCACCACCAGGCACUGCUCCGGCAGCACGGGAAGAAGCACGCGCCACCCGAGUCGGCGGCGGUGAUCACGAUCCAGGGGACGACUAUCAAGUGGGUGCCCGUCACGGAGAUGGUCGCGCAUGCGGAUAUGCAGAACCGCCGCGGAAAGCACGCGUGGUGGGAGCCGUACCAGGAUUUGGUGGAGACGCUUGUAGCGCGGCAGCAGCUGUUGGACAAGCACCUGCCGGUGGAUGUUUAGGACUCGCGUCGGUAUUGAGUAGCAGAAGAACAUCUUCAAGUUGUUGUAGCGAGUAAGUCAUAGAGACGUAGACAAAGCAAGUAGAGUGUAAUCCAACGCGGGUGCCGCUUCCAUCAUACCGAUUAUAGCAGAUCAUGCAGAGAUAGUCCUGAGCUCGGAGGACGUCGACUUGCCCGCUGCCAUAUCCGAGUCGAAAUUCCUUCGCCUUCCGCGAUACUUCGUAUGGUAGACCUAGUGUACAUGCCCCACAGCUCCUGUAGCUCGCCCGCAUAGGUCGUGUAUGCAAUGCGACUGACCUUCAAC